UGCCAGUUCUUGUUUAAGACUCUUGAUAUUUCUACUUGUCAAAUAUUUUAAACAAUUAUAUUUUCAUUAAAUAUAAAUAAACUUUUAAACAUUUGGUUUUUUUUUUUUUUUAUUAUUUUCUUUUGAUUUUUUUUCAUUAUUCAUUUGUGAUUCAACUAUAUUAUAUCGUGAAAGAUAUUUUAUAUUUUUUUAUCAAACAUUGAUCAACGUUUCAUCAAUUACAACAAAAAAAAAUUAAGAUGCAGGAUUACUUGGUAAAGACCCUACUGGGUUUUUUUGUUAUGACAAUAACAACAAGUAUUGUCACAAGUAAUUCACUUGAUUUUCUACGUGCCCUUGCACAAGAAGCUGAUGAAGAACAAGCUGUAUUUGAUGCUGUUGAACAGACAAAUUCAAUAUCUGAUUUUAAUAUCAAAUAUCCACCGACAAAUAAAAAGAAUAAAGAUUGGGUCAAAGUUAAGCUGUCUGGGUCAACGCAUUCUCAUGUUUUAUCAAAAGGACAAAAUUAUGAAUUGAAAUGUAUGGCUGAUGGUGGACCAGCUCCUCAAAUAUACUGGAUACGUGGUGGUGAUAUUGAGCGUCAAAUUGAUGAUUUAAAAAGACCAAAUUCUGUGUAUGAUGAUUUCACAUCAUCUGAAAUUGGACCAGCUAAAAUUGAAUCAAAAUAUAUCAUUGAUUGUGCAUCUAAAAAUGACGAGGGACCAAUAUAUUGUGUUGCAAUAUCUGGUGAUAAAGUUGAAUGGGAUUCAACAAUAAUUUUAGUAAAUGAUAAUUCAACACGUAAUUUACCAUGUGGAACAAGACGUUUACCAGUAAUAACAAAUCAUGCAUCAACAGUAUUGGCUCUUCAGGGAACAUCAGUUGUACUUCCUUGUGUUGCAGUUGGUAAACCAAAGCCAUUUAUAUUAUGGGAAACUGCUGAAGGAAAUAGAAUUACGAAUUAUAUAUUUAAUCCACGUUAUAAAGUACUUCCAACUGGUGAUCUAUUAAUUGAUUCACUUGAAUGGAAUGAUAUGAAUGGAUAUACAUGUAUAGCACGAUCAAAUCUUGGUGAAGAUCGAGCAUCAACGUUUAUAUAUCCUGUUCAACGAGAUGAUGGACGUUAACUACGUUUAAUGCAUGAUGGACUCAAUUACGAUGCACCAAUGGCCAUUCAAAGUACUUGCAAUCCACCUGUCUCUAGUUUUUAGGUAGCUGACUAUUAUUACUAAUAAUAAUAAUUAUUUAAAUUAAUUUAAAAUAUUUAAAAAUUUAAAAAAAAAACACAAACAAAAGAAAAAGGUAACCGUGCCCACGACGAACUUGUAAUUCGCGACGCAAAAAAAAAAAAAUACGUAAAUGAUUUAA